AAAGGGAUGCCUGAUGUUGAAUAAAGACGUUGUUAGAGUUAAUAUAUGGUGUGUUUUAUCAAAUUAUGUACUAGUUUUGGAAUAAGGCUCACUUUGAUUCUUGCUAUCGCUCUGAUCAGAAAGGUGUUCGUUAUUACCCCCACUUUCCCUAUAAACAUAUCUACACAUCUCUUUGAGCUAGCUUUAAUAUUUUGGAGGUACCAUAACAAUAGUUUGCAAGAUAAAACUGCUGGCUAGUUUUAAAGAAUUAUAUGCGGAACUUAACUAGCUAGACGAAACUAAGUUAGGCUAAUUGCCGAGAAGAGUACGGCUCAGUCCUGUGGCUUAAUCCGGUUCUAUAACUGUUUCCCGAGGAAUCUAUCAUCCAUAUAGGAAGUGGCAUUUUCUAAAGCUGUAAUGCAACACUCAAUUGUGGAAUAUCUUUCGGAACAUGAAGGCUACAGAUGUGGAUAUUGCGGAUCGCCUGACUCAAACUUUUCGCAUGGAAUGUGGGCUCACAACCUAACAUGUCAGGAUUACCAGGAUCUUAUUGAUAGAGGUUGGAGAAGAAGUGGUAAAUAUGUCUACAAGCCUACUAUGGAUAAGAUGUGCUGUCCACAGUACACCAUCAGAUGCCAUGCACCCUCGUUGAAGUUGAAGAAAUCACAGAAAAAAGUUCUGAAAAGGGCGACCAAAUUCUUCACCACCGGAGAAAAGCCAGGAGGGGAGGGAGUGGUACAGCAUGACGGGGAAGAUGCCCCUGGAGGGGUGCAUCCAAUGCCCCCUUUGCAUCAGGAGCUUCCACAGAUACCCAUGGAGGAUAUAUCAAAGAUACAAGGAGGAGUUCAAGAGUCAGAGGGUGAGGCCAGAGUAGCGAAAGGUCGGUCAGAUGUCAAAGGUCAGUUAGAUGUCAUAGUUCCAUCGGAGCAUGGAGGAAUAGAAGGAGAAAGAGCAGGGACGAGUGAUGAAAGUCCUGCAACUGUCUCUAUAGAGAAGCAGAAGAGGAUACCUAAACCAGGCUUAGGUGCAGACCCAACCAAACCACCAUGCAAGAAAUCAAAACUAUUACGGCUAGAAAAGCGCCAAGAGAGGCUGAAGCAGAAGGCUAAUACAGAGAGUUCUGAAGCCAACAUUAGACCAAGUAAUUCAUCUAAGCAUGAGAAUUCACCAAAAUCACUGGAGGAGUUUAUAGUAGAUGCUAUACCUGGCCAGGAUCCUAAACAUCGCCUGGAGAUCAAACUGGUUCGAUCUAAUCCAAUGUCGGAUGAUUUUAAGCGAACACUUGAAGAAAGUCAUCGGGUCUACACAAAAUAUCAGAUGUGCAUCCACAAUGAUGCAGAGACCAAGUGCAAUCUCAGACAGUACAAGCGUUUCUUGGUAGAUUCACCCCUUGUUGAACAGUACUCGGAUGACAGCCCUGAAUGCGGCUAUGGAUCCUUCCAUCAACAUUACGUCCUUGAUGGUAAAAUCAUUGCCGUCGGUGUCAUUGAUAUACUACCGACGUGCGUAUCAUCGGUCUACUUCUACUACGAUCCUGAGUACAGACACCUCACAUUGGGUACCUACUCAGCACUAAGGGAACUAGCUUUUACAAGAUUACUGAAUGUGACUGCUCCAUCAUUAGAGUACUACUAUAUGGGCUUCUAUGUGCAUUCAUGUAGAAAAAUGAGGUACAAGGGUCAGUUUUACCCUUCUUAUUUACUAUGUCCCGAGGCUUACACCUUCCUACCCAUUGAGGACUGUUUACCAAAGCUGGAUGUGAACAAGUACUCGCGCUUUGCAUCGGAAAAUGAAUCUGAUGCGGCAGUUAGCCUUGAAGAGGUAUUGGUACUACACAAACACAUCGCCAUGCCGUACCCGGUCUACAAGCAAUACCGCCCUCAAGCAGCAGACGAAGAAGAAGUCAAGGAAUAUGCACAGAUGGCUGGCAAGAAGUGUGUAGGACAGAUGCUGCUUUACAGAAACUGAACCAGUACAUUUCUACUUAUGCAGUGUCUGUAUGGUAACAACAUUUGUAAUAUCUAUUCUACCUUAACUGUUUUUGAUGCUUGACACGUUUGUAAGCUUUUAAUUGAAAUAAGGUUUAACACCAAAUCCACCCUACUUACAGAUGGUCUGAACAACUAGAGACAAAUUGAAGGAGCACUUAAAACACUUAAAAACUUGUCAAAAUCUGAUGUAAUGUGCAGGGAUGCUGCUUUUCAGACUAAAGUUUGAUUUCAGACUAACGAUGCUCAUUUUCAGCUAUUAAAACCACCUUUUCUGUGUACAGAGUGACUCAGUUUAGAUGAUUUUCAGACUUUCUUACCAAUUUUAACUGUACAUGUAUGUGGCAUCUCUGAAAAUAAGGAUGCUAGAACACAAACGUUUUACUACUUUUUUUCACUUGGGGGAAUGGCACAGGUUUCUUAUUUCACAUCCCAAUUUGAUGAAAUUUUCAGUGUUGUGCUUGCUUGACAUCUCUUUAUUUCUUCAAAUCCAAUAUAUAUAUUUAGGUUGAUUGGCCUUUAACAAAUGAGGAGUGUUGUUUCUUAGUACCUAACAUGACAUUUACAGAAAGUAUUUUGAAUUUAAAGUAGGUAUAUUUAAUAUCUAGAAAUUUAAAAAAGAUAGGAAAGUCAUCUUUCAGUGGUUUUAUUUGAUAUGAAAGCCUUGUAUAUGUACAAAAAAAUCAUGGAUCAUUAGUUUUUAAGUCCUAUCAUAGGGAAAGACUUGGUUAUGAGGAAUAAUGUCCAAUCAACAAAUGUGUACACAUUGACUUAGUUUUGAACCAAGGCACUAUUACAUGACCUUAAGCAUGACUAUGAACACCACGGAUAUUGUAAGUAAAGCUAUCCAUUGUAAAAUGAAAAGUAUGAAACAUAUUUGUCAUUGCCAUGAAAUAACUAAUAAAAAUAUGAACCAAAAACAUAGAUCGAUUAGGUAAAAGUGAAACAAAAGGAACACAAGUGUAACACUCUCUUGAUAAUGCUGUCUGACUGGCAAGUUUUGAUAGUUUUUUAACUGAUAUUUUUAAGUCCAACAAAUGAUGAAGCAGGUGCAAAAACACAGGUCAAAUAUAUUGUAAACUCACCUCUAGGUAAGGAUGGUGAACAGAGUAUGUAGGUUGAAUAUUCUGCAAGAUGAUUACAUGAACAUUAAACAAAUUUAUCAUUGUAUCAUACAUAUAUCAUAUACAGGAUAAAACAUGAUCAGUAUGGACCUGAUGCAAGAGGAUAAAAAUGAAUAUAAAAAUGGCAUAUGAUUAUUAAAUAUAUAUUAAAAAAAACAAUUCAAAUUACAUUCAU